UUUUGUUUAAUCAAUAUUGCUUGCCAUGGAAAGAACAGCAUUCUAGAAAUAAUGCCAAUCAUAGUGAAAGAUUUUACGUGGAAUCAAACUGAUUCCACGGUUUUUAUCCGGAUACCUCUGAAAGAUGGAACAACCCGAAGCCAGGUGGAUUUUUUCAAGACCAACAAUUACCUCAAGAUCAAUUAUUCACCCUUCCUCUUUGAAGUCUUCUUUUGGUCCGAAGUCAAAGGGUCAGAAAUUAGAUGCCUGUUUGCUCAAAGACAAAUGUGCUUAGAAGUUCCCAAAUUGGAAUGUGGUCGACAGUGGGAGGAUUUGGAGCGAACAUUUGAAUCGUAUGAAGAGAAGCAAUCGGUUAGAAAUGAAGCCAUUCGACUGCACCAAGAAGAUGAGAGUCUUCGCGAAAAGACGAAUGUGGAAACCCUGAGGAACAGAGAACGAGAAUCCUUAUUGAAAUCCAUGGAAGAUCAUGAAAAGGCAAAGAAGAAAAUGAGCCAAAGACAAGAGGCGGUUAAAUUGUCCUUCUUUCGAGACACGCCUUCAACUGAGAAGAAGCCGGAAGUCGGUCCUCCCCGAUUCAGCACAACUUUAGCUCUCAGGGUUGCCAAAGAAAAGGAAGCUUGGGCCAAAUUACCGCCACCAAGAGAGGCCGGAACAAUUCUGGUUACAUUUUCGCAAUCAUCAAACCCGAAAAGAGAAUUUGACAUUGCCAAAGAGCCCAAUCACAAAUCAGGUUCCAAGUCUGCUCCUGAGAAGGAUAAAGCUUAUCUAUUGAAACGAGGUGGAGAGUUGUUCCACGCCAAUGACUUGGAAGCAGCCAUAGAAGUGUUCACACAUGGUGCCAAGAGGUACCCAACUGAUGAGAGAUUCUUGAACAACCGAAGCGCUUGCUACCUCAAGGCUGGCAACUAUCAUGGUACUUUGGAAGAUUGCUCUCAAGUCCUGGAAUGUCUUGGAAAACGUGGACCAAUGAAUAAUGAGACUGCUGGCAAGGUUCAUACCCGACGAUCAUUUGCCUUACAAGAACUAGAAAUGUUUCGCGAAGCCUUGAUUGAAAUGGACGCGGCCAUUCAAUAUUUGCCUGGUAAUCCAAGUUUGAUCGAAAUGAGAGAGAGGUUGCGAGAGAUGGUGGCGUAAGAGUUGCUUGGAAUAGAUGAUUCUUAUAAAUAUAUUUCAUUACUAUUAUUG